UUUGUGGUAUUUAUAGAAAUUUCAGCAGGUACCUGAAUUUAGAGUCAUAACCUUAAAAAAUUGAGAUUCAAGACUCAAGCAAGACGAGAGUGGCUACUAACACGACAUCGAAAUUAAGGAAUUUUUGAAUAUUUUAAAUUGCGGUCUAUUUUAAAUCAAGUAAUGUCGGAUAAAGAUAACGUAGAAAUCAAUAUAGAAUACUGUAAUAAAUGUGGAUUUUUGGAAAAAUAUGAAGAGUUGGUUAAACAUUUGAAGGAAAAACAUCCAUCCGUUAAAAUUAAUGGACAAGAAGGACGCAGAGGAUCGUUUGAGGUGUCUGUAAAUGGGACAUUAGUUCAUUCAAAACUUUCAACUUUAGCCUAUCCGGAUUACGAUGAUCUCUCAAAAAUAGUAUCUGAUGUUCAAGAUGGCAAUUCUGUACGAGCUCCAUGUAAACAACAGGCAAUCACCAGUUGUUCUAUUUCUUAAUUUAUAGAAAAUAAUGAUUUGUAUGCUAUAAUUAUCUGUAAUAAAUGUUCUCAGUAUUUGGAA